GUGGACCAAACAGCACAGGGAGGGGGAGCUGUGGGGCCGGCACGUGGCGCCCUGGAUCAAAAUGUUCCAGAAUGCACGACAGUGGUGCGAGAGAAAUGCGUAGCUGCUGGGUCGGUGGCUAGGUGGUUGCGUCAGUCGGGGAGCUGCUUGUCUCGUGUGUGCGUGAUGACUGGCUUGUCUUUUUCCCUCUGUCACUCUCCUCUGUGUGGUGUGAAUCAUAUUAUGCUGGCCGAUCGACCAAUGGGGUCAUUUUUUGAAUGUCGUGUGGCGUGAUCGUGUCCGUCGGUCCGUCCCGAGAGAGGGAGGGGUACCGGCGCGUAAGGCCCUCUAGCUAGAUCUCGCAGUGGCGGGAUCCGUAGGACACUUUUCGUGUGUGUUUAUGUGUGUGACAGUCAGUUAGGUGUGUCUCUGUCUGUCUGUCUGUCUGUCUGUGUGCAGCGACCGAUCGCCCACUGAAUACGCAGACGUACACACAAUCGCAAUCAAUCAGACUCCCCACUCCCACACUCACAAGCAAUUGCAAGCGACCCGAAGCAAGCAAUCGGGUGUGAGUCGAGAGAGAUGGUGAGCGGUGACGUGGAGAGCCAGACGCCCCUCAUCGGGCAGCGCGGCCAGCUGGUGACCAAGGACAUCGAAGUGGACAUUCGCAGAGACUUCAUCCUCAAGGUAGCUUACCCACGUGUCGAUAGAUGUCUCACAUCAGCUGACUGAGCGUGACUUGCUUUGUCCCUGUUGUUUGUGUCUCCGUGAUCAGGUCUAUGGGAUACUCGCCACGCAGAUCAUCCUCACCGUCCUCGUCGCGCUGCCCUUCGUACUCGUCGACGCCGUCCAGAGUCAGAUGAGACACACACAAAGACACACACACAGAGAGAGAGAGAGAGAGAGGGACACCGUCGUGUCUGACUCGUCUGUAUGUCUGUGUGUGUGUCUCGGUGCAUGCAGCGUUUGUGCGCGACAACUCGGGCCUGAUCGGCUUCGUGACCAUCCUGAGUGUGUUCGCCUUCCUCAUAACCUUUUCGCUGAAGCCUGAAUGGAUCAAAACGCACCCCUACGGACUAAUCGUGAGCCGCGGACAGCGAGACACACAACAAAGAGGGCCAUCCAUUUCAUCUCUCUGUGUCGGGUUGGCAGACGCUGUUUGGCUUCACCGUCGUGGAGGGCGUCUUCAUCGGAACGCUGUGUGUGUUCCUGACACCCUCGACCGUGCUGUUCACCGUGGGUGUGGGUGUGGUGAUCGUCGGAUCGCUGACGGCCUGGGCGGUCUUCGCCAAAGCCGACUUCACAGGUACACACACGGCGACACGUGACAGCCACACUCAACCACACACACGCAAUGUCUUGCAGGUUACGCGCCGUUCGUCUACGUGGCGGGGCUGGUGUUUUGUGUUGUUCCUCAUCGCCGGCCUCCUGUUGAUGCCAUUCCUGCCUGGCGUACGGACAACUCAGACAAGACACAGAGGACACACACAUGUGACUCGCUGCGUGUGUGUCUCUUUGUGUGGAUUGUGCAGGUGUCCGUGUUCAACAUGGUCAUCUCAGCGUUGUUGGUGCUGUUCUUCUCGGCCUACCUGGUCAUCGACACGCAGGCCAUAUUGGGCGGCCAACACAAGUAUCAGUUCACAGUGGACGACUACGUCUUCGCCGCACUGGUGAGCCCCACCCCCAACACGCGCAGUGACAUACACGGCAAUCAGUGUGUCGUGUUGGUCCUGUAGGCGAUUUACCUCGACAUCGUCAACAUCGUAUAAUUCUGAUCCAGCUGCUCUCUGCAUUCGGACAGCGCAAGUGAGAGCAAGGCCGACAGACAACAGGGGACAAGGGAAGGACAGCCACACAAGACUGACUGACUGCCUGACUGACGACGUGUAAGAGAGAUCAAUGGUUG